CGAGCAGCCGAACGACAAAGUCACGGCCAAGCGUGUAAGAGGUCAGUUGGCAAAGAAGCGCGUCCAUCGCGUCAAAGAACUAGAGCCCACAACGGAACUCUUCGGCUCGGCAGGUUGUCGUCGCGCCAACCUACUCGCACACCUUCGCUGCUCCAGAAGACGAGUUCUCAACGUGUACGAUAGUGUCUGCGCUUUUUAUUUAAGGACGCACUGCGUCGACGAAUUCCAGCCACUCAGUCAGUGUCGGUCGACAAUUACCAACGGCCGCAUCCACCAAAACUAUAUCAAAAUGUUCAAAAUUUCAUUUUUUAUCCUCCUAAGUGCAUUCUGCGGUGAUACACUUGCGAGAAAUGGAAGAAAUCCUUAUUAUUAUCUGCAACAAUGCAGUCGAUCCGAUCCGGAUGUAAACGAUUGUUUGGUCAAUUCAGCAAAUAAUCUCAUGCAUUAUAUUCGAUCCAGAGGAAUUCCUGAGUUGGGAAUUGAGAAACCAGAACCAAUUCUUAUUGAUGAGAUUGGGAUUGCUUUGGGAAGUGGACCAGAUGGAUACAGAGCGAAAUUUAGACAAAUUAAUGCUUUUGGUGUGAGCAAUUUGACUAUGACAGCAGUGAGAUCUGACGUAGACACUCAUCAAUUCCAGUUUACUUUUUACAUUCCACACAUUUCCGCGCGGGCUCUGUAUGAAUCCAGUGGUGUUUUAAUUUUGGUUAAAGCAUCCGGUGGAGGAAAUUACUGGGGAGAAUAUGAGGGUGUAAAAGCUAAAAUUUACUUGAAAGCUAAUCCUAUUCCUCGUAAUGGCCGAACAUACCUUGAAUUAGACCAAUUGAAGAUGGAUUUCAGCAUCAAGGACAUCAAAAUGGGUGUUGACAAUCUGCACAACAGCAAUGCAGUCAUCGAAGCCGCAUUGAAUUUAUUCAUCAACACCAAUGCUCAAGAUCUUCUCAAAGAAAUGAAACCCGACUUAAAACGAAAAUUAAUAGCGAUAAUGUCAAACUUUGUCGAAACAUUGUUUGAUAAUAUCCCGUACGACGCUUGGAUCACAGACUAAUAUAAUUAUUUCUCUGUAAUUGAACAAAAAAAUAGUGAUACCAUUUAAGAGUAUGUUAAAUGUUUUAAAUCUCAAACGAUAAUUUAAUUUAUUAUUUCUUACACAUUCUUAGUUAGGUAUAAUAUAAGAUAUUGUGCAGUCAGACCAAAUGACAAGUUGGAAAAUAUCUGUUCAUUAAAGAAAAAUGGUCUAAUGUUUAAUGACGUAUAAUUAUGGCUGAAAUAGGCAACUAAUUCAACGUUGUCAGUUUGUUACAAUUGAUGCAAUCAUAUUUUUAAUUUUAUUAUAUACAGAAUGAUCCAAAAUUAGAGUUCAGUGAAAUUCAGUGUACUAACUAACCAAAUAAAAUAUAAUAAAAUAAAUUACAUAUUAAACACAAA